GGCGACGCGCCGUGCAUGUUCGUCGAGAGAUGAUCGCGGGUGCCGCGCUGCAUCACCAUAGUUACACUUGUCUGGUUCCUCGUGUUUUUGGUCAUAAUCUUUGCCUUUCCGUCCGCACGUCGUCACACUCUCUCUCCGUUUUUCCAAAGCGAUUCAACGGCAGCAUGAACGAAACGACAGAACACGGAGGCCUUUGAACCACGUUGGAUGGCUUUAAUGGGGGAACGGUUCGGCAAUCGUCGCGCGUUUCACGAACGCAGAACGGACUCGACGAUCAUUCGCGUGUAUUAAACUAAAGGAAAUUAAUGCUACUCGCUGUUCUGUUUGUUGUGUUGUUCGUCUGCGUGGUGCGUGCGUGCGGCAAUACAUCGAACCUAACGCAUGUAAUACGUAUCGUUGUGCGGAUGUUUCGCGAAAAUGCGCACAACGGUUGAAUAGUGAUUGCGAACGUUAAGUGUGCGGAUGUAAUGCGUGUCGUUGAGUUUAGCAAAAAGAGUCGUGGUGUUUUGGUGCUCGGCGCGUAAACGUGAAGAUGAUAUUCGGUGUGAUUUGUUUACCACUUGCAUUCCUGAAGCGCAUAGCCGUUAUUAGCAGCGGUUCGGCCGUUGCUGCUGCUGCUAUUUCUACCUGCGUCCUAGCACAUCAACGGAAUGCCACCACAACAGGUGGAUAGAGAGGGAUGGUGUGGCGUGUGUGCGUAUAGAGUUCGGUUGAAAACUUUUUUGUGCGUGUAGGUUUUUACCCGCGCUCUGCGUGCCUUUUUAACUACAGUCGAAUCUGCAAGCAACGCAUUUAAAUCGAACAUACAGUUGCAACAAAUAUUCGUUUUUUUUAACGUAUCUGCUCAUAUUGUAUCCAUCAGAAAGUAUGCGUGCCCAAAUGCUUUCGUUUAUUGACUUUUUGGCGUCGCGUUGCCUGUUGCAUUAAUAACUUUUGGAAGCAAUCCAUUUGUUAAGCCCCAAAAUCCACUUCCUCAAUUAAAAAGAGAUGUCCACGCGACUGUAAAGUUUUUCACGUGUCACAGUUACAUUUUUCUCCUACAUUUACAUCGUAUGUAUAAUUAAUAAAAAAAAAAGAAGAAAAAAUGUCUUUAAAAUUGAACAGUGUUUACAUUGUGCCUGCGCAAAUGCUAAGUGAUAAAAACAAUCCUAAUAAUCAUCAUCGAACGGCCACGAAAACGAAAACGGUGGCCAUUGUUGCUCCGCAGAGAAGCAACAGCCUCGACUAUCUCAAUUUCGAAGAGAAAAGGCAGCUGAUUGCGUCCUCGUUAUCCCUCUCGGAUUUUCUUCGGGUCGGGGACGCCAAUAAAGAGAUCAAAGACGUCAAGGAAACUACCACUGUCACAACCCUCAUUGUCGCAAAGAAACAAAAUGGCACCGCAUUUAGGACUAAUAGUUUAGGUAGCUGCCCUCGAACGCCCCCUUUAGAACGAAAGAGUAAAUUUUCAGCACUAGGGAAAUUAUUUAAACCGUGGAAGUGGAAAAGGAAAAAGAAGUCGGACAAACUAGAAGCUGUUUCAAGAACCUUGGAACGAAAAAUUUCUGUUCGAGCCAAUCGGGACGAAUUAGUUCAAAAGGGAAUUCUUCUUCCAGAUAGUCCAAUUGCACCUAUAUCCGAGCCAAACAAACAGUUUCCGUCUUCGCCACUACCUCUUGCGCCUGCAGGAACCGAUAGUGUUCCCGGAGGUCAGACCCCUCAGGCGACGCCGUUAGGCGCGCCCCCUGCCUACCCGAGCUCUAUUCCGCCCCUGUCUUCUCACAAUGCCAUCCAGCAUGCCCUCUUGCAACAGCAACUUUUACAAAAUCCCCAGUUUGUCCAGGCAACCAAUGCGAAUGCCGAAAAGGCAAACAAUCAUCAAUAUCAAUUCACGGCCGUCAGUGGUAAGUCGAUUUUCUUUUUCCUUUCCAUUUUCAUUUCUUUUUUGUCGAAAGACAGAAAAGCCUUCGCUUUUUAUCGAAAGAUAAGGUUUCAAUUCAGAACCUCAAAACUCUCGAAUAAAUCCCUUGAAACAGUGGCGGUUCGUGAUGAAAUGAAUAACUUGUCUAUUCAUUUAAAAGUUAGUCAAUUCAAAUAUCAAUUUUUGAUAUACAUAAUAAACAGUUAUUGACUGCCCAAUUUUGGG